UUCCUUCUUUUCAUGUAAAUUAUUAUUAUUUCUUUUUUUUUUAUAAUAUUCGAAUAAAUCAAGCUAUUCUUUUCUUUCUUUUUUUUAAAAAAAACCUAGAUAUUUGUUUCUAAGAAAAUAGAAAAGAGAAUAUUUCCCCUUACUUUAUAUCCUAGCAACCAGUGGCAAUAAUAAUAAUAAUAAUAAUAAUAAAGGCAAAUCGAAAUACUACAACUAAGGAACAAUAGUAAUAAUGUGGAUUAUAUCUCGUGUUUUUGGCGAAUCAAGAUGGACAAGAGCUAUUUUUUGUGCAAUUAUAUUUCAGGCUAUGUUAGCUAUUGCAUUUGAAGCAGUGAUCUUUGUCUUUCAUGCAAAUGAAAUUAAUAUGGUUGAAAAGAUAGAUAAACCAACAGAAACAGUAUCAGCCAUCGUUGUUGCAUAUGCAGAUGCAAGGUCUCUAUUAGUUUAUUUUAUAUUAUUUAUGCUUGCACAAGUAUUUACUGUCAUCUUAGUUGUUGAUGCUAUAUAUCAACGUAAUACAAUUCAACUUAUUGCGCUGGUCGCUUUCGAGUUAGGAAUGAGCGCUUAUUCGAUCAUUCAAUUUCAUCAAUCAUCAACACUUGUCGUUGGAAAUGACGUUAAUGAAGCACCGUCUUUACAAUAUCUUGUUAAUGCUUAUCACCUUUCAAAAUGGGCAGAAAUCACACAGAUAUGUAUAAUGAUUAUCAGUACAAUUGUAUUUAUAUUUUUAGCUUAUAAACUUUACUUGGAAUUUGGUUGGCACAUUUAUAAAAAGAUUGGCGCUGAUUUGGCAAUGCGAGAUCGUUAUAAAAUGUAUCAAAUCUUUAUGAUGCUUCUCAAGUUUGAUUUUUUCUUUUUCCUUGGAUUUUCAAUUCAGUAUUUAGCACUAUUAAUUGUUGUAUGGUGGCCGGAUGCAAUUACGGAUGGAAGAGAGUCACAAAUUGUCAAAGAAUUAAUUGAACAUAUUGUACUUAGUUGUGUUGUAUCUGUUACGAUGUUAGUUUCAGCCUAUUGGGGUUUGAGACGUGAAAAGAAGAUACACAUGUAUAUAUUCUUAUUAUUAUGCGUUGCUAGUAUGGCUUAUUAUAUCAACAUGCUUGUUCAAAUUUCACAAAAUCCUAGUCGAUUUAUAGGUUCAAAGAUUUUUUUGACCUUUUUCUUAUGCGUUGACAUGGUAUUAAUUUUUGUAUCUGUACCUAUUGCAGUUAUUUGCUUAAGAAAUUUCAAUCUCGGAUUAAUGAAUCAUAUUUCUCAUGCUACAGCAUCUGCUACUUCUACACAUUCUAUGACGCAUUUAGGAAUAGAAAAAGAAAGUUCUUCUAGACGUUGGUCUAUUGAGUAAACCUCAAUUUCUUUAAUCAUCAUAAUGAGUAUACACCCCCUUUUUUUUUUUUUCUUUCUUUCUUUUUCUAAUACCUUUCAUCUUUCUUGUUUAUUUAUUACUCCUCCCUUUCUUUUCUCUUUAUAUAUUUAUAUUGUUUUCUCUUCUAAUUUUGUUUAUAUAAAAUAUAUUUCAAGCUUUAUAACUAUCACUAAAUCAUAAAUUUAUAUCGUGGGAAUUAUAAUCCACUACAAUGAUUUAUUUCAGAAACAAAUAUUGAUAUCGUG